AUGGCUGGCAGCAAUAGUGUCGAAGCUCUCAAAGGGACUUGGGACUAUGUCAAAGAUGAAAAUAUGGACGCAUUUAUGAAGGAAAUUGGUGUUGGAAUGGCAGCUCGUAUGAUGGCUAAAGGUAUCAAACCCCGUCUUGUUAUCAGUGAGAAUGGUGGCAAGUGGACAUUACGAUCGGAGAGCACACUCAAAACGAACACGAUCGAAUUUACACCGGACGUUGAAUUCGAUGACAAAACGGCUGAUGGACGUGAAAUCAAGACAAUUGUUCGAUUCAAGAAUGGAACAUGGGAACAUACGACACGUGAUAAACAUGGCAAAGAAUGGAUAGCGACUCGCUAUAUAAACGAUCAAGGUCAACAACAACUUGACAUAACGUGCGGAUCAGUGAAAGCUCAUCGAUGGUUCAAACGGGUCGAGUAG